CCAGCGGUUAAACGCAGAAAUUCCAAUAUGGCGUCCACAGAUGGUGAGUUUCUUACAUUCUUUUGCCGUUUUCUUGUUUAAAAAUUAACAUUGUUGAGGCUUACACUGCAAUAUUUUGCUCUCCGUGUUCUUUAGAUGAUAUGAUUAAAAAAAGACUUCUCAUAGACGGCGAAGGUGUGGGGGAUGAUCGCAAAAUUCAGACUCUACUUAAAACAUUUCUGAAGUGGUUCAAUAACACAGAUGGGUCCGAAGACGAAAAGUAAGAGACUGGGCCAAGUUGUGUAUAACAAGUACAUGUUAACAAAUGCGAAUCUAGAGCUUUUGCUGAUCUAAGUAUAAAAGGGAUAAUAAAACCACUAAAACACGUUAUUGACAGAUCAACUGAGAUGGCCAGUAUGACAAUCGGAUACCGGAUAUUGUUGAUCUAAAUGGCCAUUCCAUUUAACCCAUACACCCCUGUUGACUAGAUUUUCCGAAGGGGGUCUGAAUUUCUGAGGGGGUACCAAGUUGAAAUUUCUGAAGGGGUCAACAUUUUUUUGUAAUUUUCCAAGGGGUUAAAUUUUUUUUUUAAAUUUCCGAGGGGGGGAGGAGGAAGGUUGACGAAUAUUUCCGAGGGGGUGGUCAAUAAAUUUCUGAGAGGGUCUAUCAUAGUGGAAGCAUGUCAAAAGUUAUUUCCGAGGGGCUUGAGAAAAAUUGUAAAUUUCUGAGGGGGUUCUACAAAAAAUAGUGAAUUUCCGAGGGGGUCUUCCGGAAAACCGUUUCUGAAGGGGUCUAAAAUCAGAAACCUCGUCAACAGGGGGUGUGGAUAUUAAAUGGAAUGGCCCAAAGUUUGGGCUUUCAUUUAAGUUAUUACAGUAAUGAUUUCAAAGUUAGUUUCAAAAUCAGAGUGUUUAUAAUAUUUUGACUUGUAGUAUGUGAUAUAAUAUUUUGACUUGUAGUGAUCGCCAAAAAGUUUUUGCCAGAAACUUUAAAGGUGAAAUCUACUUGACAAUUAUUGCCAGCUUCUCUAUGAUCAUUUGAAGUAGAAAAUUAUAGACAUCCCUACUUUUUAACCAUAUAAAAUAUUUUUAUUCUGAAAACAAGAUCUGAACUUUAUACAAUAUCCAGUAUCCAGUUGGAUAUCAAGAUUAUGGUUAUUAUACCGAACUAUUUUAUUAUGCACCUGAUCAUGCUGGACCAAGACUAGUAUGAUUGGAGCACAUUAGACCUUUCCCCUUUUGAAUGAAAUUUUGAUCUAGACAAGUCUGGACAAAAACACAGCUUGAAAGAGCAUUACAAAAUUAGUAAUAUUCCAAAGUUUCAUUGCCAAAUGUUGUAAAAUGCAGAUAAUAUAGCCUUGCGAAGUUUGCCAUUUUUCAGUCAUUUUGUAUUACAAAUGGGAAAUUGAUAAUCAGUUUGAUCAUCUGAUUAUCAAUUUCCCAUUUGUAAUGCAAAAUGACUGAAAAACGGCAAACUUCGCAAGGCUAUAUUAUCCGCACUUUGCAACAUUUCGCAAUGAAACUUCAGAAUAUUACUAAUUUUGUGAUGCUCUUUCAAGCUGUGAUGAAAUUUUUGUCCAGGCUUAUCUAGAUCAAAAUUUCACUCAUAAUGGGAAAGGUCUAUUGUGAAACAGACUAUAAAUUAUAGUCAUUGUGUCAGUGUCUAUGAGAAUGAUUUUUUGUUAAAACUGCUCUCAGAAUGCAGCCAGUUAAAACUUCUACAAGCCUGAGAAAACCACACAUAUUUUUCUGGGUGAGCUAGCCCCUUGGGACUUGGCAGGGCCUUUUUUAACAUACAAGCUGGGGGGCAUUUGCCCCCCCAGUCCCCCCUUGUGCCCCCCCCCCAUGAAAUCACAUUUUGCCCCCCCCCCCAAGGAAAAGUCCCUUUUUCCUAAAAUUAUACAAACAAUCCAGCGAAGAUUAACAAAUAGAUAAACGGAAAGUAAGUUUUAGGCUUCAUCCUUUGUUCUUGUUUAACUAAAUCGAUUUAAAUUGUUACUUUUUUUACCACUGAGCCAUGAUAAAUUAUUAUUAAUAUUUUUUAUUAUUUUUUGGAUGCUCAGAAUGCAGGAAAUAGCAUUUCACGGUUUCAAAUUUCAAAAAUUUUCUUGGGAUUAUCCCUCUAAUAAGUAAUGAUAAAUUACAGUUAAUAUUCUUUUUUACUUUUUGUGCAUUUUUCCAUCUUUUAUUUCAAAUACAACUAUAGUUAGCAUAAAUUUUAGAGCAAAUUUGGAUGCUCAGAAUGCAGGAAAUGGCAUUUCCGUGCUUCAAAUUUCAAAAAUUUUCUGGGGGAGUACACCCCACACACCUGACCAUUGCUAUCCUCCUCUAAUAAGUAAUGAUAAAUGAUGGUUAAUUUUUUUUUACUUUUUGUGCGUUUCUUCCUUUAUUUAUUUCAAAUACAAGUACAGUUAGGAUAAAUUUUGGAGCAAAUUUGUAUGCUCAGAAUGCAGGAAAUGACAUUUCUGGGUUCAAAUUUCAAAACUUUUCUGGGGGAGUACACCCCCAGAUUCAUGCGUGAUAUAUUUGCCACACACGUGGCUUUCAGCCAUUGCUAUCCGCCUCUAAUAUGUUAUCUCACAGAAAGGUCCCUUUUCAAAAAAUGCCCCCCCCCACGGGAAAAUCCUUAAAAAAGGCCCUGGGACUUGGUCAAUCUAAAAUCCUAGUUAUGUUUCGGAAGAAAGUACGAGUUGAACAAGAAUUUGAGCUAAAAAUGCACAAAAUGAUUAACUUUGUAAUUAGAUCUUUGAGUGGCAGCACUCUCCCCUCGAAAAAUAAAAUUGUCUAGUGUUAGACAGAGUAAAAUAAUAAAGUAGGGCACAUCAGGGUGGAUUGCCACUUAACUGGUUAACAGGAUGCAUGAGCAAAUAAUCUGAUUAACCCAUUAAGUGGCAGCACUCUCCCCUUGGCAAGUCAAAUUACUUGACAUAAGACAAAGUAAAAUAAUAAUAUAGGGCACAUCAGGGCACAUUGCCACUUAAUUAAAGGGUUAAAAUAGCUGCAAAAGCACCUUGGUUUAAAAAUGAUUUGUCUGUUUUGGAAAGCAGAAUAUGAUUAAAGUGACUAGCUAUGUGCAAAGAUAUACUUUAGCCUAACAUUAGAGUUUUUCAUUUUGGCAACUAUCAAAAAAAGCAAACUUUUCUGCAAACCACUCAUUGCUGACUGUCACCACUGGCAUUAAAAUGCUUUAAUAUUCAGCAGCCCUAGAAUAUAAACAAUUGAGAGCUAGUACGUUCUCCUUGAUGAGUAAAAUCAUCUGGCUAAUGACAGAGUAAAAUAAUAAAGUUGUAGGGUGUGGUAGGGCCCAAUGCAACUUAAUGGGUUAACAGUAAAUUAUUCAUGAAGUUUUUGUUUAUGGCCGUAAUAGCUAUGCAAUUAAACCUCCCGCCACAGAAAUCUAUCUUGUUUGCUAAAACUAAUCUGUUUUACCAUAGGAAUAUUCUUUACAAUAAAAUGCUCAUCCUGUUAUCCCAGUGCGACUUCAAUAUUGGUAAAACUUCACAAGUUUAUGAAAUGAACCAAAGAGAGAUGAAAAACUACAAGAAACUUUAUGAAGAAAUUGGUAAGAUACUGUACAUGCCUCCGCAUAGAUAAAAU